GAGACCUCAAAGGCGCUUUGUGUGUUUCUCCAUCUGUGUGACUGCAGCAAGAGGAAGCAGGGAUGAUGAAGGUCCACCUCAUACUCCUCCUCAUCUCUGCAGCUGGGCUGGUCCUGUGCUAUGAAGAUGAAAGUCGCCUUGUGGAGGACUUGUUCAAGGAUUACAACAAAGUGGUGCGCCCAGUGGAGGACCAUCGGGAUGCUGUCGUUGUCACUGUGGGGCUGCAGCUCAUUCAACUUAUUAGUGUGGAUGAAGUAAAUCAGAUUGUAACAACCAAUGUGCGCCUGAAACAGCAAUGGACAGACGUGAACCUCAGGUGGAAUCCAGAUGACUACGGUGGCGUCAAAAAAAUCCGCAUCCCCUCAGAUGAUAUCUGGCGGCCAGACCUUGUUCUGUACAACAACGCGGACGGUGAUUUUGCCAUCGUUAAAUACACCAAAGUCCUUCUGGAGCACACGGGCCGGAUCACCUGGACACCACCAGCUAUUUUUAAAAGUUACUGUGAAAUUAUAGUCACACAUUUCCCGUUUGACCAGCAGAACUGCAGCAUGAAGUUGGGAACUUGGACGUAUGAUGGUACAGUGGUUGUUAUUAACCCGGAGAGUGACCGUCCAGAUAUGAGUAACUUCAUGGAGAGUGGGGAGUGGGUGAUGAAGGAUUACCGUGGCUGGAAGCACUGGGUGUAUUAUGCCUGCUGCCCCGACACCCCCUACCUGGACAUCACCUACCACUUCCUCAUGCAGCGCCUGCCCCUCUACUUCAUUGUGAACGUCAUCAUUCCCUGCCUGCUCUUCUCCUUUUUAACUGGCUUUGUUUUUUAUCUACCCACGGAUUCAGGUGAGAAAAUGACUCUCAGCAUCUCUGUCCUGCUGUCUUUGACUGUGUUCCUGCUGGUCAUCGUGGAGCUGAUUCCCUCCACCUCCAGUGCAGUGCCUUUGAUAGGCAAAUACAUGUUGUUUACAAUGGUGUUUGUCAGCGCCUCGAUCGUCAUCACGGUCAUCGUCAUCAACACCCACCACCGCUCCCCCAGCGCUCACACCAUGCCACACUGGGUCAGGAAGAUCUUUAUUGACACAAUCCCAAAUAUGAUGUUUUUCUCUACAAUGAAACGACCAUCCAGGGACAAACAAGACAAAAACAUUUUUGCAGAAGAUAUUGAUAUUUCUGAAAUCUCUGGGAAACCAGAUUCUGUGCCUGUCAACUUCUACUCCCCGCUUACCAGAAAUCCAGAUGUGAAAAAUGCUAUAGAGGGAAUCAAAUACAUUGCGGAAACAAUGAAAUCGGACCAAGAAGCCAGUAAUGCUGCAGAAGAAUGGAAAUUUGUUGCAAUGGUGGUUGAUCAUCUUCUCCUUGGUAUAUUUAUGCUAGUUUGUGUUAUUGGAACAUUAGCUGUGUUUGCUGGUCGCCUUAUUGAAUUAAAUCAGCAAGGAUGAACAUCAGCUGGAAACUAUUUGCUACCCUGAUCAGCAUCUGAAAGCAUCUUAACCAUCAAAGCCUGGCCAGCCUCUGAAAGUUUCACAGACAGGAAUUGGUCCCUGCUGGGGAAGAGCAGGGAUAAUAAAACCUAAGGCUCCAUACUUAGCACUUCUGAGCAGCAUUUCAUUGCCAAAGAGGAACACUUGUGUUACUGGUAGACUGAAUGGCCGUCAGCCAGGUUUUGAUGCAUUUUACCAUUUAUUAAAAAUGUUACUGUGUUAAUAAGACUGUCUGACUUUGUAACCCACAGAUACAAUUCCAGAGAAAUCAAUAGCAGUGUAAUAAGCUUUAGCUGAGCUGUAAAUCUGUAUCCAGCUUUAGCAUUCAAGCUGGUUUCAAUAUCUGCUCUGUGGUUUUUGUAUUGGCAGGGUCACAAAUGAUUCUUGUAACACUAGAUGUAACCAGCAGAAAUACCUCAAACUCUAUGCUUAUGCACUUGAUUUUCAUGCACAAAUCUGAAAUGACUGACUCUUGUACGUGACUCUACCUGUAGAAAAUCUUGAUGCAGCAAAGAGGAGACUGUUCCUUACUGUGUGAAGAAUCCAGCCUGUUGGGUCCCACAGGUAUUUAUGCUAUCAAGUCUCAUGGUAAAGGACUUGUAGGGGAGGAUUUUUUUGCCCCUGUUUUAUCACUGAGCCCUGCUCUGUGGCCAUCAGGCAUCUUGGUGACCAUAUUGCAGUAUGGUCCUCUUUAUUUUUUCCUACUAAUGCACUCUUACUGCACUAAUGCUAAAAAUUUUCAGUUAUGAGCAUGAAUGCUCAGCAGCUGCAUGCUAAGGGAAAAGUUUAGGCCAAAGGGGAAGGAAUAUAUCCAUAGGAUAACCUCUGUACUCUGCUUACUCUGUUGUGGGAAGCUGGGUUCGUGACAAGUAAUGGAGAGUGGUGCAACUUCAAAUGUGGGUAGGUGUGCCCAGUGUGACACCUUAAAGCCACUUCUCUCUCUUCCCUGAACACUGUCCCCUGCUCUGCUGAAAUAUAUCGUGAGCAUUAAAUUCAGAUGCAGCAUCACGAAGAUUCUUGCUAGGGAAAGAGGAUCUCAGCUUUAUCUGUGUAUGACAAAAUGCCAGGACACCCUCAGGCUUCUGAGCAACUCAACCAACCACCCAAGCUUUAUCCAAAUGUUGAGCAGCAGCUCACUCUAGUGGCUUAAGAGAAGUAGCGCUGCCUUAGGCUAAAGACAGGGGUUACGCAAAUACUCAACACAAGCAACAAACCGCUGUGUGUUUCAGUACGCCGGUAUGGAAAUCCUAGCAGUGCUGCUUACUUUUUCUCAAAAAUAAUGAGAGGUGGGCAAAAUGAUACAAGUUACUCAUCUGUUCCCAGAUGACUGUCUAGCCCAACGGGACUACUUUGUUAACAGCUGUAAAUAAUUUGCUGAGAGUUUAAUAAAAUAACGUGUACUAUGUCAGUGCUCUCCAGGAAUGUGUCACGUCUGCAGAGGGCAGGCACUUGAAAUGCUCUAUAGAGAAAAGAGGCCUUGUGCAAUACUUCCAUCAUUGCGUAGUGUUGCUGGACAAUUAUUCUGGUGAGCUGCAGUCCUGAGCAAAGCAAACAGUUUGUCGGGGCAAUUGAUCCCUGCAACACUCCUCAGCUCUACAGUUUAGAUGAUGGUAAAUCUUUGCCUCCCUGGAUGAUCAUUAACCCUGUAAGCGAUUGCUGAAGGUGUAUGCUGAGAGAGGUCUCUGCUGAUAGAUGAGUGCUUGCUGCAGCUCUCUUUGGGAAGUAUCACCUCUCAGCCUUUGGAGAGAGUCAUGCACUUCCCUGGGUCACGAUGAGCUAAGCUGUGGUGUGUUGGUGCCUGGGACUCCUAAUUUAGGAGACUGCAAGUGGCACUAAAAUUGACAGAA